CAAAAUAAAUCGAAGAAGAAGCUUGAAUGCGAUAGGAAACUGAUGCAUUGUUCCACUUGAGCUAAUAUUUCAGCAACCAUGUCUUCAGUUCAGCAUCUCAGAGAGUUUAUCAGAGAGCGACUAACUGCUGCUGCUCAAGAAAUCUUCACAGAGGUUGAAAAAACCAUCAUUUGCUACGAGGAAGAGCUCGAUGCUCAGCGCAGGAUGAUGGGGAUCGACUGGAAACCACAAAUUAAGCUACACAGAGUCGGUUCGGAGCUGCAGAGACAAAGUUCUGACCUCCAACAGCCAAGUGUCUCCAAUGAAGAGGAAGCUUCUGCCAUCCAACAAGUCUGGAGCCUGGCAAGUAGGUCCAGUCAGGACCAGAAAGAAGCAGAACAUCAGUGGACUGAAGAGGAACAGAUGGAACCAGAAACAAAAUGGAUUAAAAAAGAAGAGGAGGAACCAGAACCUACACUGUUCAAACAUGAGGAAAUAGAAUAUCCACUAAUGUAUGUAAGAAAGGAGGAGAUAGAUUCUUCAGUGCUUCAACAUGAACAGCAGCCAUCAGAACAUUUACCAACUGGACAGGACCAGAAGGACCUCUGCAGCAGUCAGGAGGGAGAGCAGCUUGUCCAGAAGCAGUUUGUUGCUUUGAUUGAGACUUCUACUCUUCAGGAAGAUGGUAUGAAUGAAGAAAAGGGUAGAUCAGAGCAGCUUUCCCUUCAUGUCUCUGCAGUGAAUGAGAGCAAAGAUCAGGAAGGAAGCAGCUGCUCUGUGUCAGAGAGUCAGUCUGAUACUGGCACAAAGAAAAGAUCUUUCAAAUGUGACAUUUGUGGGAGAUGUUAUACACAACAUUAUAAGUUGAAAGACCAUUACAGAAGCCACACUGGUGAGAGACCUUUUUCAUGUGAAACAUGCGGAAAGACUUUCCCUCAAUUUAGAUCUUUAAAUUACCACAAGAAAAUUCAUACAGGUGAGAGGCCUUUUUCAUGCACAAUAUGUGGAAAAAGUUUCUCUCGACUUGGUCAUUUAAAUGACCACAAGAUAAUUCAUACAGGGGAGAGACCUUUUACAUGCCAGUCAUGCGGAAAAAGUUUCUAUCGAAUUAGUAAUUUAAAUGAACACAAGAAAAUUCAUACAGGGGAGAAACCUUUUUCAUGCAUGUCAUGUGGAAAAAGUUUCUCUCGAAUUAGUCAGUUAAAUUACCACCAGAAAAUUCAUACAGGUGAGAAGAAUUUCCACAAGAAACAAUAAAUCAAUCAGCAGUAAAUAAAAAUGAGCUUAUUAAUAAAAUGAUGGAUAUAA